CAAAGCCGUUUUGGUCACACUGCGCUUACCGGCUUUCAUAUAAAGCAACUGAAUUUUUUCAUUUAUUCUUGAUUCAAAAGUGCAAAAUGAAGCUUGCUCCGACUGUUAAGUUGAACAAUGGCUACGAGAUGCCAGUUUUGGGUCUCGGCACCUACAACCUCAAGAAGUCUCGCUGUGAGGCUGCAGUGUGCCACGCCCUUGAAAUGGGCUAUCGGCAUAUAGACACCGCCUAUCUGUACAGGAAUGAGAGCAUUAUAGGCAAGGUGUUAGCUAAACUUAUAGGCGACAGAAAAAUAAAACGCGAACAGGUGUUUCUGGUCACCAAGCUGUGGGACAUAUAUCACGAACCCAAGAUGGUGAAAUACGCCUGCGAAAUGCAAUUAAAGCUACAGGGCGUGGACUAUAUAGAUCUAUAUCUGAUGCAUUCGCCGGUGGGAGUGGACUAUAUCUCAGAUGAUGAUCUGAUGCCACACGAGAAUGACCAGCUGAGGACCAACGAUGUGGACUAUGUGGACACCUACAAAAGUAUGGAGCAACUGGUGCAUCUGGGACUUGUGCGCAGCUUGGGAGUGUCCAACUUUAAUGCCAGUCAGCUGAAGAGAUUACUAGAACACUGCCAGGUCAAACCUGUGAGCCUUCAAAUCGAAUGCCAUCCGGAAUUGGUGCAAAUUCCCCUAAUUGAGCUCUGUAAACUGCACAACAUCACGGUGGUUGCCUAUUCGCCACUGGGGCGUCCCAAAGCAUGCAAUCCUCUGCCGGAAUACUAUACUGAUGCCAAACUUCUGGCCCUGGCAGCGAAAUACGGCAAGACACCAGCUCAAAUCAUCCUAAGAUACUUGAUCGACAUUGGCACGGUACCUAUUCCAAAAGCUGCCCAGCGAGCCCAUCUCGUCGAGAAUCUGGACAUAUUUGAUUUCCACCUAACGCCGGAUGAGUUGCUUCAGUUGAAGAUCUUCAAUACAGGGCGGAGAAUCUGGAAAUUUGAAAAAGCCAAGAGUCAUCAGUACUAUCCUUACUAAAUAAAGAUAUAUGGUGUUAGGGUAGAAGCAGUGUAACAAUAUGCAUAUAUAAGAAAGAAUCUCGUUAGUUAGUUUACGGCGUUUCAAUUAAUAAGUUAAGUUUUCAAAUUGUUGCUUUAUUUUUUGUAGUUUAAUAAAAUGUUUUAGUUUUUCUGCUAUAAA